UGUGUGUGCGUUGGCAUAUAUAUAAAAUCUUGCAGUGCAGGCUGUAGUAUCAGAGGUAGCAGCAGCAGGAUAUCAUGAGGACUGCGGUCCUGUGGGGCCUAGUGGCCCUACUGUGUCAGCACACACUGGUCAGCAGCCACAUACUGGGACGGGCCUCUUCUACCAGUGACCUUGCUCAGCUCAAGUCUCUACUGGAGCGCUUUGAGGAGACUCUGGCUGCGGCCGCCCAGGAGGAGGACUCUGAAGCGGAUUAUGAAGGUACAAACCAGGAGCCUGAGCGCAGCCAGACCAGCCGAGGAUGGAGCAUUAACCAGGAGGGGGACCAAGAACCUCUGAUAUCAGACAGAUCUCAACCGCCGGCGGAGGGCCACAGCAGGGCCACGAGUCAGAGGAGCCGUCUGCAGGACCUGCUGAUGGCCACCAGGAAACGAGCCUCCAGCUGCUUUGGAGCCAGAAUGGAUCGAAUAGGAAACGCCAGCGGUCUGGGAUGCAACAAUGGAAGAGGCUAGUCUGACAGCUUCCUGGGACACAUGUUGGAUUAUAGUUUCAUAUCCAACUGAAGAUGCAACCGAUGAGACUGGAUAUGUAUGACUUUGCAUAAGUGACAGUUCAGCUGUGUGUAUCUCUUGUGUGUUUUUCUGUAACAUUAACACCCUAAGGAAAUGAGUUAACUACAUAACUGCAGGUGGGUUGUUAACAGAGAUAAAUAAAGCCUUUUUUCAUAUGAAGAA